AUGCCAGGGCUUCCAGACCUUCUUAGCCAGGCAGAAACGGGGGAUUUGACUCGGUUUUUCCGACUCGAGGCUUCCCUUGUGAACGCUGCAGUUGAACAGCGCCCGAAUUCAAGAUCCAAGAAUGAUGUCGAUCGACAUGCUGAGAAAUCCGAUCUUGCCGUGAAUGAAUUGGACUUUAAUUUUGACCUUGACACAGACAACUACCCGCUGGGCAAUCUUCGUUCUCUCCAGCAAGUGUUUGAUGCCGUUCAGUACGAGCACCAUCUGAAAAAUGAUCAUAAUUUCUCUCCUGAUACUCGAAUUCAGUGCUUGAAAGUUGACUUGCAGGGUGGAGAGUGGGAAACACUGGACGAGAAUGGCAUGCAGGAUCUUCUACAACAAUACAAUCUGUCCUCUUCGGCGCCCUCGUCUUCUAACUCUUCAACUGGACGCAAAAUGCUAGUUUUUCUUGUGCCUCUGGUACCCGCUGAACGAACUUCGUUUGGCUCGCGGGCUUUAAUUACCAGGGAGAAUACAAAUAGUCUCAUGAAACUUUUGAACAUAAACCCUGCCUUUCUGCUGAAUUUGAUCGGUCGGCCUGAUUACUGGGCCCCUCAGAAGCACUUGGAGGCCGACGAUAAUGGGAGUCUGGUUGCUUGCGACUUGUUUUGCCAGCACCCUUGCUGGAACUUGCAUGUUAAAGGACCUCCAACGUCAGUUUACAUGCGACAUGAUAUUACUCAUAAUUUGACAACGUAUAUCAUCUCACAUAAGGAAUCCGAUACCUGCAUCAAGACAUUGCAGUCCCUUCUUGAUACUGCACUCCAUACCGCCCCCAAAACACAAAGGAGUGCCGUGUUCCUGGAUGAUCCCUUCGAUAUCCAUGUCAUACUGUCCACGCUUUCCUUUGAAGCUUCAAAAUACCACGUCAAGCGAUUCCAGCGAUUCAUGUGGACCCAAAUUAACAAAUUAGACGAUUAUCUCGCCGGAAUCGAGGCCAGCGAUCCAGAAAAACUCGGAGACCUGACCAAGCAACUCCAGAUCAUGUCCCACAAUGCAGAUUCCCAUACUGCAAAUGCAGAUGUGGCCAUAAUCACAGCAACAGCCAUCCGAGAUGCUCAUUUCCGAUUCACGUCUUCACUCCUACAUUCCAGUCCUUUUAUUCUACAGCGAGUCGAGGACUCCAUAUGCUACAUUAUUUCAUCCAUGGAGAAGCAAAAGAUCUGGUUUUUGAACUACAAGCAACGAAAAGACAGCACCUUGUCGCUGGUCUACAAUCUCGUGACACAACAGGAUGCGGCGAACAAUAUUCAGAUUUCGCAUAGCAUGAAGCAGGACUCUACAUCCAUGAACGCGAUCGCUGCACUAACCAUGGUCUUUUUGCCCGGAACCUUUGCGGGUACUGUUAUCGGCGCUGGUGUAUUCGGAGGGGCUAUUCGAGAACGGUUUUGUCUUAUUUGGGCUGCAAUGACCAUUCCGCUGACACUCCUG